GCCAAGACCAACACGUAGGCCUUUCUCAGCAGUCAAUGUCACGCUGCCUUAUUGAAGUGUGCAAAGCCAUUGAGAAAACGCUUUUCCAACAACACAUUAAUUUUGCAAGUACGGACGCAGAGGAAACAGAGGCGAAAUUAUACUUCUAUGAAAAGUGUGGCAUUCCGGGCGUGUUGUUUGCAAUAGAUGGCACACAUAUACAAAUGAUAAGACCAACAAGGAAUGAGCAUUUGUAAUACAAUAGAAAACUGAAGCACAGUAUGAAUGCAAUGGUUAUGUGUGACCACAAGAUGAGAAUUAGAGCUGUUGACGCGCGAUACGGUGGUGCAUGCCAUGAUUCCCAUGUAUGGAACCUGUCCAGUGAGAGAAGGGCUUUAAAAGCUCGUUUUGAUAAUGGCGAGAGAGGGAUAUGGAGUCUUGGCGACUCAGGAUAUCCAUUGGAACCAUGCAUGUUAACUCCCUAUCGUAAUGCCGCCGAAAAUUCAGCGGGAGGCCGGUUUAAUCACUGCCAUGCCAAAGGACGGUCAAUCAUCGAACGAGUAUUUGGAAUAUUGAAAGGAAGGUUUCGAUGUCCUUUGGCAGCACGCGAGCUGCAUUAUACUCCGCAAAAGGUUUCAGCUAUAAUGAACGUUUGCUGCGCUUUGCACAACAUUUGUCUGCAAUUUAAAGCUGAGCUGCAACCUUCAGAAGAUUUUCCCACAGAAGAUGUACAUUUAUUAGAAACUGUGAAUAUGGUGGAAGCGGACAGCAAGAAGUACAGCAAAUAUUUCUAGGAACUUAAGAGAUGAAAUAAGAAACAGUUUAAUUGCAUAGG